GACCACCAUGAGUAUCACAUGGUCACCACCUAAUUUAACUAACGGUGUAAUAACAAGAUACAGUGUUAGUUAUUGUAGUAAUGGUAUUAGUGGGUGUAAAUAUACUGUUGUAGAAAGGAUGACUUCAGUAAUAUUAAAAGAUUUAGACUGUUGGAAAGAGUACCGUGUGUGUGUGUCAGCUCAAACAUCGGCUGGAGUUGAAAGAUCAACAUGUGGAGUAAAUAACACAAGUGUUUAUGAACCCCAGUCACAGAUAACUAAAAUAACUACUAGCAACACAACCAUCAGACUUGAGUUUGAAGUGCCAUGUGUCAGUGUUGAAGCACCAAUCACCUACGAAAUAGCCUACACAUCUUUGGAUCAUUGUACAGGGAACCAGACAAAUGUUACUGAAUAGUUGGAAUGUCUUCCAUUGUGUCCAUGUGAGAUUACUGGACUGUUUUCCUACUGGGAGUAUUUUAUCAAAGUGCAGGAAUCAGCAGAAAACAAUGUUGGUGUUUGGAGUAAUGAGUACAAAGUCACUACACUUC